AUGGUAUACCACAGCCAGGGCCAAAACUUGCAGAAAGUGAUGGUGCAGCCCAUCAACCUCAUCUUCAGAUAUUCACAAAGUAGAUCUUGGAUUCAGGUAUGGCUCUAUGAGCAAGUGAAUAUGCUAACAGAUGGCCGUAUUUUUAGUUUUGAGGAGUAUAUGAACCUUGUGUUAGAUGAUACAGAAGAAAUUCAUUCUAAAACAAAGUCAAGAGAACAGCCAGGUCAGAUCAUGCUAAAAGGAAAUAUAGAUAAUAUUACUCUGCUACAAAGUGUCUCCAACUAG